UGUUUGAGGUGGGUAUUUUUCCCGCGAAUGAGAAAAUGAUUCCUCAUUUACGUGUGAAGACGCUUCUGUGAAUUUUAUAUAACAAAGGGAAAUGGUAAUGGGGACUGGGCGGUCAAGCCGAAUCACCUACUGAGAUUAGUAUUUUUCAUCUUACAAACAGUGAGGUUGGGAUAGAAGCUCGACUUCUGUUCAAGGAUAUAAGAACCCUGAGGAAUGGAACAGAAAACAGACAGAUAUAGAGCCUUGCAUGUGGGAUUUUGUGAUUCAAGCUCAGAACUCCUCGAAAGACGAAAUCAGAAUAUUAUACGUAGCUAGACGAAAUCAGAAUAUUAUACGUAGCUUUAUGUUUCAAAUUUUAGAAACCGUAAUCAGCUUAAGAGGUAAUUUCGUUAAAAAUAUCUUACGAACUUGAAUUCUCCCAAUAGUAAUGGAUUUGCAUUUUGCAAAGAAGUACAUGGUUUAAUCAUAUGUGCUAAAUAGUUGAAGGCAUUUGCUUGAUCUUAAGUUGCAAAUGAUUAGCACUUGAAAGUCCAAACAGUACUCAACAACAAGGACACUGCAAAUACCAUAAUCUAAGGAACGUUGACACUUUCACCAGUUGGGCAACUAGCUGGAUUAAUUACCUGGAGAUACCAUUCAGAGAGUUAGAUCAAUCGUGCAAAAAUGUCAUCAGUUGGAGAACUCGGUUGUACCUAUGCUGCUUUGCUUCUCUUCGAUGAUGGCAUUCCCAUUACGGCUGAGAAGAUUGCUACGGUCGUGAAGGCAGCAAAUAUAUCAGUGGAGUCGUACUGGCCUAGUCUUUUUGCCAAGCUGUUUGAGAAGAGGGACAUCGAAGAUUUCAUCUUGACUGUCGGGACAGGUGGCGGUCCAGCCGUGGCUGUUGCUGCUGCACCGGUUGCCGGAGGUGGUGCUGCCGCUGCUGCUCCCGCUGAUGAGGAGAAAAAGGAGGAGACAAAGGAGGAAAGUGACGAGGAUUUGGGAUUGAGCUUGUUUGAUUAGGAGUUUCUCUUUUAAUAUGCAGCAUAGUGAGUGGGAUCAUUUAACUAAUUACUCACUGUUGUGUUGGUAUGAUCCGUACCACUAAUGGUCAGGUUUAUUGCAAGUUGGUUGUUGAGCAAAUUGAUAGGUCAAAUCAGUAGAAAUCAAAUGCGUUAGGCACUAAAUUGAUGUCUAAAUAUUGUUGCGCUUGGUUCUCUCAUAGGUUCUGUUAUAUGAGUACUAUAUCUUUUUUGGUG